UGAAUUUUAGUUGCUCAAUGACCGCGGCUCGCGAGUGACACGAAAAUAGUGAGCGCUUGGGAAAGGUGCGACUCAAAGAUAGUAGUUUUAGUGCAGUGUCUUAGUAGUUUAUAGAAGGUGUUUUUUUGUUGUUGUUGUGUACAGUUAUAUUGUUUCACUCUUAACGAAUCGGCGUGAAUAAGUUGUUCAUCGAUAGUGGUUCGACAGCUGCCGAAUAGUCCAUGGAUCUGAUCAAAUAUUCAGCAGGGCUGCACGUGUUAGGAAAUGUACUGAGGAAAUUGGUUUUCUCUCCCACUAGUUUAAAUCCUUUUGCAGAAGUGAAACCAACUAGCAAGUAUGUUCCAGUAGGUAAACGUGCAGAAUGAGUUGAAAACCGGUAACCAAUUCUUGAGGAAUCGUCCAAUGCCGUAGUUAUUGGACAGAUAAUCAAGUGUCGAACCCACCCCCCUCUGAGCACACACACACACAAUGUGCAACGCGUUUUUAAUGAAAGUUGUCCAGUAGUAGCGGCGGCAGCAGCAGCAGUAAAAGAGUUGGCAAUAGGGAGUAUGCGAAAGUGAAUGCAGAAAGAGUGAAAUAGCAUAAAAUCAACCACACGAAGAAACCAAAAUUGUUUAUUUUUUUCGUCAUCCUCGUGGUGUGGAGGCGCGUGCUCGAAAUUAACAAAACGGUGUAGGACCUAGUGACCAACAGUAGUGGCAACAGAAGCAGUAGCAGCAGCAGCCGAGCAUAAGAAGGACAGAAAAUGGUGCAAUGGACGCUGGUAUGGGCCGGCAUUGGUGUUCUGAUUGCCAUCUCGGGCGCCCUGCUCGGAUGGAUCGUUUUUCCUGCGGCGGUUCACGAGAAGAUUAUUGAGAACACAGAACUCCGCCAAGAUACGCCACAGUUUAAACGAUGGGAGGUAAUACCACAACCGUUGGAUUUCAAAGUUUACCUUUUCAACGUAACAAACCCCUACGAGGUGCAAAUGGGACGACGACCACGAGUCGUUGAAGUUGGACCUUAUAUUUACUUCCAAUACCGACAGAAGGAUAAUAUUCGAUUCAGCAGAGAUCGCACAAAAGUCCACUUUUCUCAACGACAGACGUAUCUAUUCGACGCCGAGUCAUCGUAUCCACUUACGGAGAACGACCAAAUCACAGUACUAAAUAUGCAUAUGAAUAGCAUAUUACAAAUCAUUGAUACCCAAGCAAAGGAAACAAUCACAAGUUUUCGAUCCGAUGUUAACAAUACUCUAGAAAAAAUCCCAGUAGUUAGAGUUAUAAAACGAAUUAUAGAGCGAACAACACCGAUACAAUCCAUCCUGCAAAUAGCCGAAGACGAAACGUACGACAGCUUGCGGUUGAUCAAUGUCGAGUUGAACCGCAUCUUUGGCCGGCCAGACUCGAUGUUUCUGCGAACCACGCCAAAAGAAUUCCUGUUCGAUGGAGUGCCUUUCUGCGUGAAUGUCAUUGGCAUUGCUAAGGCGAUCUGCAAAGAGAUCGAGAAGCGCAACACCAAGUCCGUGAAGAUGAUGCCCGAUGGUUCGAUGAAGUUUGCCUUCUUCAAUCAUAAAAACAUGACCGACGACGGAGUGUACACGGUCAACACUGGUAUCAAGGAUGCAUCACAGAUGCAUAUGAUCGAGAAUUGGAACGGCAGAACCAUGCUGGAUAAAUGGAGCAACCGCUCCUUGGGGCUGUCGGCGGUUUGCAACAGGGUUUACGGAACCGACGGUUCCGGAUAUCCUCCGUUCAGGGAGGGAGUACAGAAGAUGACCAUCUUUAGUUCCGAUAUCUGCAGAACUGUAGACAUCAAAUACGUGGGUCCGUCUAGUUACGAAGGUAUUACGGCCAUGCGAUAUGAAACCGACAAUAAUUUCCUCCACGAAAUUGGACCAGAGUACGGCAAUCAAUGCUAUUGCAUCAAUCAGAUUCCCAAAGCCAUAGUGAAAAGCAACGGAUGCCUUCAUAGAGGUGCCUUGGAUCUCUCCGCAUGUCUCGAUGCCCCCGUAGUAAUUACUCCACCCCAUAUGAUGGGUGUAGCCGAGGAAUACAGCGGCCUGAUUGAUGGCAUGCAUCCAGAUCCGGAUAAGCAUCAGAUCUUUGUUGACGUUGAACCGCUCACCGGAACGCCACUGAACGGAGGCAAACGGGUCCAGUUCAACAUGUUCCUGCGGAGGAUCGACUCGAUCCGGCUGACCGAUCGCUUGCAAACCACCCUGUUUCCGGUGCUCUGGAUCGACGAGGGGAUCGCCCUGAACGACGACAUGGUGAAGCUGAUCGACGACAGUCUCAUGAAGGUCCUCUCGCUGCUGGAUAUCAUUCAGUGGUGCAUGAUAGUGAUUGGACUGCUGCUGGCGAUCGUACUGCCGGUCGUGUACUUCGUAAAACGGAAAUCUGUCCCACCUCCGAUUACACCAACCCUGACAACGACAACCAGUGCCGCCAGUAUUCCGGACGUCAAUGGACUGCGGGACAAUCCCAGCAAAUGACAGUCGCUGAAUGUGACCUUCCUGGACUGAUACAAGCGAUGAUGGAGUGACCGAUGAUCGAAUGAACGCGUCAAAUAAACGAACGAGAACGAGAAGCAAUGAUAUUCAAGUGCCAAGGGGAUAUGUAUAGUAUAUAUAGAGAGUGCAGCGAGAGACUGCAAUCAACAAAUUUAUUUCGUGCAUUUUAGUGCAAACUAAGUCAAUCCGAUUCCGCCCAAAUCAUAGAGUUGAGUUAUGUUUUGUAUUUUUUGUCGUAUUUUCACAGUGAAAGGAAAUUUUAAUAGCUAGUUGAUAGUGAUGUUUGUAGAUAAGUAAAAAGAGUUAACGUUU